ACCAGUUUUUAUUCUCGGCUCAUAUAAACGUGACUGAUACACAUGUAAGAUUUCUUGAAACAUGGAGCUAACUGAAGAAGAGCUUGCUAAAUACGAGACAUAUCGUAAAUAUAGAUCACCGUUAACGGCCAGAUAUGCUAGUAGGGAGAUGUCAGAAAAUUUUGGUGAAUUGAAAAAAUUUAUCACUUGGCGAAGGCUAUGGUUAUGGCUUGCCGAAGCAGAGAAGGAGGUUGGUCUAAAAAUUAACGUUGACGGUAAGAUGAGAGGAAUUACCGAUGAUGAAAUACAAGAGCUAAAGGACAACUUGAAAAAUAUUGACUUUGAAAUGGCAAAGUCAGAGGAAAGAAAAAGAAAACACGAUGUAAUGGCCCAUGUUCAUACUUAUGCAGCAGCAUGCCCGAAAGCAGGCGCUAUUAUUCACUUAGGCGCAACGUCCGCGUAUGUUGGAGACAAUACGGACUUAAUCCUUAUGAGGGAUGGAAUAAAUAUUCUAUUACCAAAGUUGGCCAGAUGCAUUGAUAGAUUGAAAAAUACUGCUAUAAAAUAUAAAGACCAACCAACAUUGGGAUUGACACAUUUACAACCGGCUCAACUUACAACUGUUGGGAAAAGAUGUUGUCUUUGGCUUCAGGACUUUUUAAUGGAUCUCCGCAAUUUCCAGAGGGUCAGAGAUGAUAUAAAAUUUCGAGGAGUGAAAGGUACCACUGGUACCCAGGCAAGUUUUUUGGAAUUGUUUGAUGGCGAUCAUGAUAAAGUUGAUAAUAUUGAUGAAAUAGUGACAAAGAAAGCUGGUAUGAAAAGUGCUUUCAUAAUAUGCGGCCAAACUUAUACAAGAAAAGUUGAUGUCGACUGCGUUAAUGCUCUAGCUUCUUUUGGCUCUUCAGUUCAUAAGAUGUGCACAGACAUUAGAAUACUUGCGAAUAUGAAAGAAAUGGAAGAACCCUUCGAUAAAGAUCAAAUAGGAUCAUCAGCAAUGGCGUACAAAAGAAAUCCAAUGCGCUCGGAGAGAUGUUGUAGUUUGGCUAGACAUUUAUGCAGUCUGGUGCAAGAUACUAUGCACACUCAUUCUGUCCAAUGGAUGGAAAGAUCUCUCGAUGAUAGCGCAAACAGACGACUUUCACUACCAGAAGCUUUUUUAAUUUCUGAUAUUCUACUAGAAAUUAUACAAAAUAUAAGCGAAGGAUUAGUUGUUUAUCCGAAAAGAAUAAUGCAACGAAUUAGCGAAGAAUUACCAUUCAUGGCUACUGAAAAUAUAAUAAUGGCCAUGGUCAAAAAACAACAAGAUAGACAGGAAUGUCAUGAAGAAAUAAGAAAGCUUAGUCAGGAAGCUGCUUAUGUCGUUAAAGUUGAAGGAGGUAGAAACGAUUUAAUUGAGCGUAUUAAGGCCUCAAGUUAUUUCAAGCCCAUUCAUGACGAAUUAGACAGUUUACUUGACCCAGCUACCUUUAUUGGACGGGCUCCAGAGCAAGUAGUAAAGUUUAUAGAAUCUGAAGUUGACCCAGCUUUGAAACAAUAUCAAAAUGAUCUGGAAGGAAAGUCAGAGUUUUCUGUCUAA